UCCUCACACGGCAGAAUGCAGGGUUAGUCCCUUCUAAAUGCAGAGAGGUUGCUGCCGUGCACACACAUGCAAGGAGAGGCGGUGAUGUUUAAGCAGAGGCAUUUGAGGAUUAUUCAGCUCCAGAAGGUCUGUUCAAGGAAUGCUACCUCUGCCGUGGCUGAAAAUAGGAGGUGUCUACCUCUACCUCUCUUGAUUAUUGCCGCGAAAAGGACCUCUUAGCUGCCACUGUAAGAAGAAGCUGUUGCUGCCACUGACAAGGUUAGGAAGAUUAUGAUCACACGUGCAGCUCUGCAUAGCUGUCCACUUGGAGAUGACGAUGACUCCUUAGAGAAUAUACGCCUACUCCUGGUUAAACAUCAGCAUAACGCUCCUUUUAUCCAAAAGAUUUGGUAACUGCUUUUCACCAGCUCUCUGGUUUUGUUCCAUCAUGUUGUCUCUACCAGCCUAAACCAUUUCUUAAAAUGAUUCUUUUGCUGUUCCUUACAAUCCUGUUAUUGAAGGAAGAUGUCUGUGGGAACUUCGGGCUUUUGGUUUCUGCACAGGCCAAUGAAAGAAGGGUGGUUGCACACAUGCCUGGUGAUAUUAUCAUUGGAGCUCUAUUCUCUGUCCACCACCAACCAACUGUUGACAAGGUUCAUGAGAGGAAAUGUGGAGAGGUAAGAGAGCAGUAUGGCAUUCAGAGAGUGGAGGCAAUGCUGCAUACUCUUGACAGAAUUAAUUUGGAUCCCACACUGUUGCCAAAUAUAACGCUAGGAUGUGAAAUAAGGGACUCCUGCUGGCAUUCUGCUGUGGCUCUGGAGCAGAGCAUUGAGUUUAUAAGGGACUCUCUUAUUUCAUCAGAAGAAGAGGAAGGGAUGGUGCGAUGUGUGGAUGGAUCCUCAUCGUCUUUCCACUCCAAGAAACCCAUUGUUGGUGUCAUUGGACCUGGCUCUAGUUCAGUUGCUAUCCAGGUCCAGAACUUGUUGCAGCUUUUCAAUAUACCUCAGAUUGCUUAUUCUGCCACAAGCAUGGACCUAAGCGACAAAACUCUCUUCAAGUAUUUUAUGAGAGUUGUGCCAUCUGAUGCACAGCAAGCACGGGCUAUGGUGGACAUUGUCAAGCGCUAUAACUGGACCUAUGUUUCUGCUGUACAUACUGAAGGAAACUAUGGUGAAAGUGGAAUGGAAGCUUUCAAAGAUAUGGCGGCCAAGGAAGGGAUCUGCAUUGCACAUUCCUACAAGAUCUACAGCAAUGCUGGUGAACAGAGCUUUGACAAGUUGCUGAGAAAGCUUCGGAGCCACUUGCCCAAGGCCAGAGUGGUUGCCUGCUUCUGUGAAGGCAUGACUGUGAGAGGGCUCUUAAUGGCUAUGAGGCGCCUGGGACUCGCUGGAGAAUUUUUGCUGCUGGGCAGUGAUGGCUGGGCAGACAGGUACGACGUGACAGAGGGGUAUCAGCGUGAAGCAGUAGGUGGAAUAACAAUCAAGCUCCAGUCUCCUGAUGUGAAAUGGUUUGAUGAUUACUACCUAGAGCUUCGGCCAGAAACCAAUCAUCGAAAUCCAUGGUUUCAGGAAUUUUGGCAGCACAGGUUCCAGUGCAGGUUGGAAGGGUUUCCUCAAGAGAACCCUAAAUACAACAAGACUUGCACAAGCCAGAUGACUCUGAGGACACAGCACGUUCAGGACUCCAAGAUGGGCUUCGUAAUCAAUGCAAUAUACUCAAUGGCGUAUGGCCUCCACAACAUGCAGAUGUCUCUGUGCCCAGGCUAUGUGGGCCUCUGUGAUGCCAUGAAACCCAUAGAUGGUCGGAAGCUCCUGGAAUCCCUCAUGAAGACUAACUUUACUGGGGUCUCAGGGGACAUGAUCUUGUUUGAUGAGAAUGGCGACUCACCAGGAAGGUAUGAAAUAAUGAAUUUUAAGAAAAUGGGGAAAGACUACUUUGAUUAUAUCAAUGUUGGCAGCUGGGACAACGGUGAGCUGAAAAUGGACGAUGAUGAAAUAUGGUCAGAGAAAAAUAAUAUCAUCAGAUCUGUGUGCAGUGAACCCUGCGAAAAAGGCCAGAUAAAGGUGAUUCGUAAAGGAGAAGUGAGUUGCUGUUGGACCUGCACUCCUUGUAAAGAGAACGAAUAUGUAUAUGAUGAAUACACAUGCAAAGCCUGCCAGCUUGGCUCCUGGCCCAACGAUGACCUCACAGGUUGUGACCUCAUACCAGUCCAGUAUCUCAGAUGGGGUGAUCCUGAACCAAUUGCCGCAGUUGUUUUUGCAUGCCUGGGUCUGCUGGCCACCUUGUUUGUUACAGCUAUAUUCAUAAUGUACCGUGAUACUCCAGUGGUCAAAUCAUCCAGCCGAGAACUUUGCUACAUCAUUCUAGCUGGCAUCUGCUUGGGUUACUUGUGCACUUUCUGUCUCAUUGCAAAACCUCAACAGAUUUACUGUUAUCUUCAGCGGAUUGGCAUCGGCCUCUCCCCAGCUAUGAGUUAUUCUGCUCUAGUAACUAAAACCAACCGCAUUGCAAGAAUCCUGGCUGGCAGCAAGAAGAAAAUUUGUACAAAGAAACCUAGGUUCAUGAGUGCCUGUGCCCAGCUGGUUAUUGCAUUUAUCUUGAUAUGUAUACAAUUAGGCAUAAUUGUUGCCCUCUUUAUAAUGGAGCCACCAGACAUAAUGCAUGAUUAUCCGAGCAUCCGAGAAGUCUAUCUGAUUUGUAACACCACCAACUUGGGUGUUGUAACUCCCCUUGGAUACAAUGGAUUAUUAAUUUUGAGUUGCACCUUUUAUGCAUUUAAGACAAGAAAUGUUCCAGCUAAUUUCAAUGAAGCGAAGUACAUUGCCUUUACAAUGUAUACCACCUGCAUCAUUUGGCUGGCUUUUGUGCCAAUAUAUUUUGGAAGCAACUACAAGAUUAUCACCAUGUGUUUCUCAGUGAGUCUGAGUGCCACGGUGGCCCUUGGCUGUAUGUUUGUGCCCAAGGUUUAUAUCAUCCUUGCUAAGCCUGAAAGGAAUGUACGCAGCGCAUUCACCACGUCGACUGUGGUUCGCAUGCAUGUAGGGGAUGGAAAAUCAUCUUCAGCUGCAAGCCGCUCAAGCAGUCUGGUAAACCUGUGGAAAAGAAGAGGAUCAUCUGGUGAAACUCUUAGGUACAAAGGCAGGAGACUGGCCCCGCACAAGUCGGAAAUAGAGUGUUUCACCCCAAAAGGGAGUAUGGGGAAUGGUGGGAGAGCUACAAUGACCAGUGAAGAAUCUGUUUGCAUUCCAGACUGUAAUCGAUCUGAGUCAAGUAGAGAGGAGAAAAAGGUUCCUGUUAAAGAGGAUGCCCUAACAGUCAAAAAGACUGGAAACUGUGUCAGUCUAAUAGUUCCACAGCAAGACUGUCAGCUGCAAGACCUACUCAAACACUCUAAUGGGAAAUCAGUUUCCUGGGCUCAAAAUGAGAAAAGUAGCAGAGGAGCACACCUUUGGCAGCGAUUGUCGAUCCACAUCAACAAAAAAGAGAACCCCAAUCAAACUGCAGUGAUCAAGCCUUUUUCUAAAAGCACAGAUAGUAGCCGACAUAGUAGCAGCGCUACAUUUCCUGAGUCCAGUGCCAAAACGCUUUACGACGUUUCAGAAGCAGAAGAGCAAUACCCAGCUCAGUAUCGACCACAGACUCCCUCACCUAUCAGCACCUUGAGCCACAGAACUGCAUCGGUUAGCAGAACAGAAGAUGAUGCCCCUACUUUCCAGUCAGAGCCUCCUCAGCGAAGUAGCUCCUCUCAAGGCUCCCUCAUGGAGCAGAUCAGUAGUGUGGUUACUCGCUUUACAGCCAAUAUCAGUGAGCUGAACUCUAUGAUGCUUUCAACAACCACUCCAGGGACAAUGGUGGCCACUCCUCUCUGCUCGUCAUAUCUGAUCCCACGGGAAAUCCAGCUCCCUACAACAAUGACCACACUUGCAGAGAUCCAACCGCUUCCUGCCAUUGAAGUCAAUGGUGCUUCGCAGUCAGCCAGGAAACCUUCAAAUGGCAGCGUUAAAGAAGGCACUUCAGAGACCCCAUCAGCCAAGCAAGACCUCGAGGAGUUGGUAGCUUUAACUCCUCCUUCUCCUUUUAGAGACUCCAUUGAUUCCGGAAGUGCAUCUCCCAGCUCUCCAGUUUCCGAAUCAGCUCUCUGUAUCCCAUCCUCCCCCAAGUAUGACACACUCCUCAUCAGAGAUUUAACUCAAAGUUCUUCUUCACUGUGAAUGUAGUUCAAGACAACGUUGGAUCUCAAUGACUACAAGCAAGUAGUGAGAGGACAGCCAGGCCUUCAAGAUCUCCAGUGUUGAUGCAGACAGAGUGAGAGGCAUUGGGUCAUCUUGCGAAAAACAGAGAGGAAGAAGAGGAAUGACUUGAGAAGUGGAAACAUCGGGUUAAUUAUAAAGACAAAAUGACUCUUGGCAGAUUAUUGUGGCCUUAAAAAAACAUGGGCUUUUCAGAAACACUGAAUCUAUUUUUGAGGGCUUAUAAGGAGUCUGUCGAAUCAGUUACAUACCAAGUGCUUUGCUUUAGUAUUACAAUGAACCGUGUGUACAAUAUAUGGGGUGGGGGGAAACUAGAUUGUAAACAACUGUACAAUGGUUUGUUUGUUUACUUCGAUUCCUUACCCAGAAGUGAACCUUGAUCUUUUAUCAAGAAUAGAAGACCAAACGUUGAAUGUACAUUUUCUAACAGACUCAAAUCUGGGACCAACCUGUCAAGCUUUCUUUUUUUUUUCUAUGAAGAUCUCAAAAAGCAGUAAUGUAUGUUCAAUAACUACCAAACUUUUUGCUGAAGCAUAUAGUGUCCGUGAUACGUUACACGUGGAUAACACUAAGCUGAGGCUUUGCAGUGAGUGACUGCAAUAUCGAGGGCUUUACAAGUGACUUCUCAACCUACACAUUUGUUUAUGAAAUCCUCUUCUAUCAAUAUCAAAAAUUUGAAUUGUUAACAUUGGAUUCACCUUCACAGCAACAAUCCAAGGAAGACUUCCUGACUAUUUCACCAUGUUGCCAACUAAUAAUGAAGUAGCAAAAAAUAUUUUCUGGAGCACUGUUUUGUAAUUCCCUUAUCAGGGCAAGUUGUUGAGGUGAAUAUUCUCUUUCUAGCAGCACUACAAAGCUAUAUUGUAGUGGCACUCCCUACCGAAAUUAACACAUUUCUAUGGACGUUCUUAUGCUAACAUUACCAGAUAAAAUACUUAUUUGGGGUCCCAUAGUCUUUGCUUGUAAGUAACAGGUAAACACCAUAAGGAUUUUCUCCAUGCUCUGAAUAACAGAAUUCUAGCAGACCAAUCUGGAUUAUGAUGAAUCUUGUCAGUGGAAAGGUUGUCAUAAUCAUAAUUCAUAUAUAGGGAAACACCAACCCCACCCCCCACCCCCGUCAAAAACUACUUAGAGGUGACUUAACUAAUCUUUCAUGAGCAAGAAUUUUAACUUUAUUUAGCUGUGAUGCCUUGCAGCUAUGAACUGUGACAAAAAAAAAAAAAAAAAAGAAAAAUACUUUCAAAGCAAUACGGAUUAAAGGAUAAAACAGAGAAGGCCUAAUAAGAUAUGAAACAAGAAAGUCUUUCUUUGUUUCUUAGCAACUCACAGAAGAAGUGAGGGGAUUCCUCAUAUUUUUUUUCCUAUAUGAAGGUAGUACAAUUGAGUGCACUUCAUACUGUCACAGCACUUUUGUAAUACAGGCAGGGAAAAGUUUUAAAUUUUGAAUAGAAGCUAAACAAUUUUUGAUAGGUAUAGUAACAUAGAACUUGCAGGUCAGGCCCUAAACGCACACUGUAUUGGCUCUCUCCUUCAUGACAUAGCUGUCCUCAGGUGCCAAACUUUUAUGGAUUUGCUUUAUUUUAUUUAAAGAUAGUUUGAAGUGGUGAGCGAUGUACUUCAAUUCAAAGCUGAGUUGAUUUAGCCUUAUACAGCCUCAUGGAAGGAAGCCUUGAAAUAAGGCUGCUAUGUUUCAUUUUCAAAACCCUUAGAUUUUAUUUCUUCAAAGACAACAAAUAUUUUGUAAUCAAAAAUCAUACCCCUUUUUUUCUCCCCCAUAUCUAAAAUAAUAUUAAUAUUUGAUCAAACAAACCAACAAACGAGAUGAAAGCACAUUCGCAUACUUUAACGAGGAGCAUCUUCUAUUCCUUUCAGUAUUAUGUGCUGCACUGCAAUUUACUGCUCAACAACAUUAAAGAAAAAAGAAUAGAUGACUGAAUCCAGGCUAGCACCUCAUACAGAUACUCUCGUGACUACUUACAUCAUGCACAAGGCAGUGUUAUCAACAGUAGUAUGUGGGCAUGUUUACUUUGUCAGGUACAAUUUCCUUACUAGCUACGCCUACAGCAUGAACCAGUAGGUCACAAAGCGUCUCUACUCCAGAAGGUAGGUAAAUACACCAAAUCAUGACUUUAGGUCCUCAUUGCUUAUAUGUAUUUCUUGCCUCCUUGCACAGCUGAUUAGCACGGUCUCAGUUCUGUGCAGCUGUAUGAUUUCUAGACGAGAAUGCGGUUUUGCUCUAUUGGUUCCGAGUACCUGCAUGUCUCAUCAUUCCCUAGCUACCCGUGUCUUUAGGAGAAAACUUCUUUCAAAGGAUACACUUUAAAUUUAAGGGAAGAGCAUGUCCAAGCAGUCUGCGACACAAACAUUCUCAUUUAGGGGAUCUAGACCAUUUAAAUAUUGUUCAUGGAAGACUUGUAUGAUAAUAUAUGUUUCCCAUCAGUGCAAUAUUGCUUUGAAAUAUACAGAGCGUACUGAGAUAGUGAAUGUGAAUUUCAAUGGGAUUCUAUUACUAUCUAUUCUCUUAUACUUUACCUGUUGACCAAUGUUCUUACUAGAACAUUUCCAUUUUGAUUUUUACCUAGCCUUUCAGGUUCCCAUUUCCAUAGUCUUUUCCUAUGAUCGUGAACACUUAAUAUAUUCUUGCUAUAAUCUGUGGGCUUCACUGUAGUACAGAUUUAUCAACAGUGGACAUCAGGAUUAUACAGACAUAAAAAAACUUUUUUCAAAAUAAAAUUAGUAAAAAGAAGUGAGAAAUAAAACUGUCAAACUGUGACUUAGCAUAAAUAUACCUCUUCUGCUCCCAAACAGCAGUUCUGCACAAUCCUGGCCAUAGCUUUCGCUCAGAGCUUUUUGACAACUUUUGUGUAUAUUGCCAAGAUGAUAAUACAAGUGCAUGAGUGUGCUCGCGCACACACUCACACAUAGCCCUCAGUCUAACACCAUAAUACAAGAGUCUAAAACCCUAAUGUUACACAACCCAACUUUUAAACAUUUUUGCUCACUCUCACUUUAGGAGGAGUCACACUGUCUUUUGUAUAUCCAUUAGCAACAGCAGAACUUUUAACUGCAUAAGGAACCAACGAUGGACUCUGCUGAGAGUGUACUUCCCUUUGGUCUAUCUUUAACGAAAGACAGGUCAGCCUUACCAGCACUGAAAGACGGCAGAAAACAUGUUAAUUGUAUAGGCUGGAAUGCACCAGUGUCACUUUGUAUGAUAUCUUUGGAUUUUAUUGAAGAGAGGAAAAGUGUUGUGGGAAGAAGAUAAAAAAUAUGCAGUGACUAUAGUUGUAAUUCAAACGAGCUCAGUAGGAGAUUUGUAAGACUGAAUAGUACUUUGCCAGUGGGAUUGAUGCAAGAAAAAAGAGAAUUAUGAAUGAUGGACAUCAUGAUUUCAUUAUGCUGUUUCUAUGCUAGCCUCUGUUUAGGACAUUAAGAUAUAAAGGCAGGAUUUUUCAGCCAUAAAAGCAAAGGUUACAAUCAUGAACACUUUUCAAUCUAAGCAAAGAAUGUGCAAGUACCAACUGAAAGGCUUGAAAUUGCCUUCCAAUUUAGUGUUGCUGCCAGAAAGGGAAUUAAAGGAGGUGAAAAUAUUGUUGUUCUUGACCACAGGGACCUCAAAAAAUCACUUGUUACUUUUGUGCUUGAGGCCAGCCCUGAAGAGGAAAGGUGUAACCAACUCUGCAAUCUUUACUUUUGAAAUAAAGUGAAUCACUCUGGCAGGCCAGUUGGAAGAAGUGUUAGCAAUACUGAAGAACUGUAUUUUUUAAUUGGCUCUGAAGAAUAAUUGUAUGACUUUGGAAAUGUGCUUCCUCAUACUUGUAUCUGAACAUUUGGUGCCUAGACUCAUACAGAUACCUUAGGCCAGAGAUUUUUAGACCAUGUUCCGCAAAGCACUUGCUGAUCUCUCAUAGCAGACUGGUUGAUCACCAGGUAUUGGCUUCUUCCACUGAUUUCUAGCUACAAAAAAAAAGAAAUAAAAGUUAAAUGCUAAUUAAAAAAUAACUGUUAAAAGUUUUAAAGGCAAAGCAGAAAAAAACCCAAAAAAAACGCUAGCUUGCUUGGAUAUUUGUUCAGUUGCUCUGUCUGCAAAAUGAAAACUUUGUGAUCAAACUAGGAGAAUAAGAUCCCCAAAGAGAGACAAUGGGAAGGCUAAUCCAUGAUUCAGAAUCUGGAUGAUAGCAGAAAUCACAUGUGGAUGUUUUCUUAAGAGAGACAAAGACCAAACUGAAAGACAGCCUAGCUGAGGGUGUAAAUUCUAUACAGGAAAGUGUGUAACUUUGCUGUUCUGUUUAAUACUUCAUUUAUGAGGUGAGAGUUAAAAAAAACAUGGCAACAGACAACAUGCAGAAAAUUUUGUGUCCCUAGAGAAAUUAGAGCACUAUGCUUAGGACCAUGACUACUUUACUGUAUUGGAAACCAGUGUCAGGGCUGACUCAAAAAAAGGGACUUUGGUGCCUAAAGUUAGGAUUUAAUCAGAAUUUAAACCCCAGCUUUAAAUGCACUAUUCAACUGCCACCUCACUCGGGCAUCUAGCACUAUAUGUCUGCAAAUGCUCAGAACUCCCCUGAUCUUGAUACAUCUAAGGAUCUUUGCACUUAACUCAUGCUAAAAUACAUCAGGGAUCCAGAAAGCUGUAGUUUCUCGGCUAUAUCCCUGUACGUCCCAUAAAGUGACUACACAGAGCACACGGCACACAGGCCAGCAGGAUGAUACUCCCUACUAAAUGGAGCAGAAAUUAUCUUUUCUUUUAAGGCUGUGGGUCUGGUUAUGUCACUGUUUUUGUACUGACCUUGAGGUUAGAACAGUAAGGCAGAAGGUGAAAGACCUAAAUUCAGACCCAGCCAUUGCCAGAGUUGAUUGAAAUCUUCCUCUUUGCUGGAAACUGCUCGAAUGACUCUGCGUAGGGGCACCCUCUGCUCAUCUCAUUAAGCUAACUUCACAAGACCGGAACAAAUUCAAGAGUUCCAGAGAAGAAAAAGAACAGUUACUCUGCACCCUGAUAGGACAUACGCUUGAUAUAAUUAGGGAUGCUAUAUUAUCGUUUAAUAUAAAAUACUUUGAAAAUCUCGGGACCAGGUGAGUAUACAAAGAUGUGGAGACAACAUUUUUUUUCUGUGCUAUGUAUUCGCUCAAACUCCCCUAAAUACUUCUGUGAGAAGUACUUUAAUGACAAGAGAGGAUGGCCUCCCCUUCCUUAUCUUUGUGUCUGCAACCAUGUCGUCUUCCACCGGGAGUUCUCAGACUCUCCAUUGAAAGGAGGAAUCUGAGUCUUCUUGGAUAGGUGAAGGAAUGAAACGAGAUCCCACUUCUAUGAGGUUUAAAAAAACAAGGGACUCAUUUCAGUUUCCUCCAGACAUCUGUCGCAGAGGGACCCACUUUUGAAACAAAAUGUACAGCCAUAUCCAGAAAUGGGCCCCAAUUAAAAUUCUGCACACUGCAUUUCCAUACUGGCUCAAGUAGAGUAAUCUCAGACAUCUCUUUCCUUGUUGCAUUGCUUUCCUGGGCACCUAAGUAUUCUCGCAAACUUCACAGUAAGGAUAGACAUUUAACAAAGGGUUCUAGACUACACCCUAGAGACAAAUACUAUAAAAAAAAUAGGCAUUACACUGCAUAUUUUAAUUGUUUAAGUCCUUUACUGGCACUGGCCCUUAUUUUAUUGAGGUCAAGGGAAUAACUCCAAAUUAAUAUCCAUGUAAGGAAAAUUGAAGUUUGAUAGUGGCCAAUCAAGACUAGAACUUAACUAUUUGCUUCAGCAGAGAACAAUAAUGACAGGAGUUUCUUCCCACUUUCUUUUAAAUCAAUCAGCAGAUAUAUUUUAUUAGGUUUAUUCUUGAAGCAACAUGCUAGGCUUAGUGAAUAGUACUUUCUCACCAUUCUUCUUUAUCAUUUCUACUCUAGUAUGUAUCCCAAUGAGAAAACUGUAGUUUGACCAAAUGUGCUAAGGGAUGUGAGAGAACAUGUCCGAAAAUAAGAAACAGGUCACGGUUUUCUGGCAGUUUCAUGAAUCUCAUAAAAGGAAGUCAAUAUUCUCCAUGUACAAGAAAAUCAUUCAUCUGUUUCCUGUUUCACUGCAACUGCAUGCAUUAAAGACAUCAGCUGAAUUAUGAUUCUCUUAUUUUGCUGCAGUUUAUUAUUAUAGCCUCUGUUCAAAUCUCUGCAAUUGCCACUUACAAUUUUAUACUGUGAAAAGGAAAAAAAAAAAUAUACAGACCAGUGAAGCAUAAAGGUAAGUAAAAAAUUCAACUAGGUGAUGAAUUGGUGUAUAUGCCUGUUUUUGUAUCAUCUGAGUAAUGACAGUAUAAACAAACAAUAAUCAUUAAGUCACUCCAAUCUGCCAAAUGGGAACAAAUAUACUAUGUAUAUUAACUGUACUAAUAGGAUUAUAUGGCAGCAGCUGGUGGUAUUUGUAACUAGAAAUCUAUAUAGAAUAUAGAUGUUUUAGAGAGACGGUGCCAAUUCUAAAAGAUUUGUGUGGGCUACAAGUGCUUGUAAUCAUUUUUUAUUAAUUUGCUAAUAACUUAUGAACAACUGGUUUCAAACAUUCUGUGAGCGUUUGUUCUUUUUAUGUUGUUGCUGCUUAUACUAUUAAAAAUAGAGAAUGUAAAGUCAUUAUUUUGAUGUGAAUUGAAAAUGAUUUUUCAUAAAAUUUAACAUUUUUAUCAGCUUUGAUUUUGCUUUCUACCUGUACAAAUGUAAUUUAUUUUAGCAUUGAAAAAUACAUUUGCUUGUUUCUCGAUUGUCUACAUCAUGUUAUAGUUGGUGUUUAUGUAGAGUCAGGUACUUUUUGAACAGUAUUAAAAAAACCUGUGAUAUGAAUGAAAACUGGAUCUUU